AUGUCCACGCUGGCACCCAUGCAUGUUGAACCGCAAAAAAAAAUAUCCCGCCCAUCUGUAGGCUGGCAGCAGCAUCAGCAGCAUCAGCGUCCCAGUCGGUCGAGACAACGGGAACCAGUGCCGGGGUGGGGUGAACGAACGAGGACUCCCUGCAUCAACCGUGACACCGUGCUCCGGAUCAAUCGUCGUCUGCCAAGGCAUCGAUCUUGCGACAAUAUCUGGCCGCCGGCACGGAGUCCUUCCCCUUACGACGGAAGCCCGGCGUUUGGGAAAACAGCAGAAGGUGGGUCCUUUGCAUAUGACGGAACUCGGCCCUAUGGCAGCCACGAAAGCGUGUACUUUGACGAACGAGUUCGAAAGCAACACAAAAUCGAUCCACUGCGGACAAUGUUCGAUAAGGCGAAUGUCGUCCUGGUGGACUGGGGCGGCAAGGGUAAUACGGUAGGGCAGGGCCAGAGUGAUAAUGGAGUUUAUGACAAACGAUGGCCGGGAAAAGUUCGGGACGAUGAUACGGGAAAUAAUGCCAUCAAACCGGGUCAUAGAGGUGAACGUAAAAUACCCCUAUCAUCGGUGGAGGAAAAAAUUCAACCACGCGACAAAGCGGCAGUUUUCGGCAUGGAAUGGGAACCGAAACCGCCACCGCCUCCGCCUCCACCGAGAAAAUAUUUCCUACCCAUCGAUCAACUGCAGGGCGGCAUUGGAAUAGAAAUUCACUUACGUAUACAGGAAAAUUUGGCAAACCACGAAGAAAACGGGGAGCUUCCGAAAGUUCUCGAAACCAGUCACACCAUAGAAAGGUACGUGAGUCGUCCCUCGUCGGCGCAUGGUAACACAUUCCACGAUGACGUAGGUCUUCAUCAGGACGGAAUUCAAUCAAAACCGCCAUUCAAAACUAGAUCGGCAGCAUCAUCAUCGAAACGCAUUGCCAGCAAACCUCCAACUCCAACUUCAACCAACUGUUCGGGUCACAAUGAGUUCCGUGAUUCCGACAGUCUAACCCACAAACGGCAUGAUGAUAGCAUAAAUUCGAAUACGAUUCCUAGCUCAAACAUUGAUUGCAGUUCCAAAGCAGAAAGUCCUGCACCGCUGAUUACCGUGACUGAUUGCCACCAGGAAAAUGCGACGACGUCGACGGCCAAUCAUUCCGACAAACGUCACCAUCACCAACGGCAGCCCGAGCCAACAACAACCACAACUGUAAAAACAAACGACCAAUUAUUAAAUGAAAAAAUAGAUGAAAAUCAUAAUUACAAUGAAAAACUAAUUACAAACAGUAGUCGACUCGAUGUGGGCAUCGCCCGGACCACUCCGAACGAUGAAGCUGAUUCCAACUCCCGGCAGAUCCUUCCAGAAAUCUCUAACGAGCAACAUUCAAAAUUAAAUGUAGCAAAUCAGCCAAAUCGUAAUUGGAUUAAUUUAAAUUCAAAUGAAAUUUAUCCCCACACCGCCGAUCGGAAUCCGGCUGCUAAUGCACGUGUGACAAACACACGUGCCCAUCGGGUCGAUUCGACUACUGCCGUUGAUGAUGAUUUCGUCUCUUCUGCUGUCUCCGCCACCGCCCCAAUUCCACCGUCGGAGGCUAAUGAAGGCCAUCGGGCAGCAGCCGGUGGUGAUGCGUUGCCCGUCGACGGCGACAUUCCCUGUAAUUACGGUGCCGGUAAAAGUGUUGAAAGUAAUUACGAACCGUCUGACAAGCCCAGUCUGUCACCGCCGCCACCGGUAGGCCCCGGCGGAACGAUCCACCGGUCCGACAGUCGAGAUUCAGCGCGUAGUUGGCGGGUCGAAGAUCUGCUCGAGUUUCCACCACCGCCGGCGUAUUCGUGUGAGUGCGACGACAGCCGGAUCCCGUCCGGGCGGUGUUCCGAAGAAAGUUUCCCUUUCGGCAGUGACGGAGCGGAUUGUGGAGCGCAAAUCUGCGAUAACCGCAGCGCCACCCCGCGGACUUCCGCGUUACUGCAAGUCGUCACCGGCCAAACUGACAAUCCGACAAUUUCCCAAAACUGUCGUCGGAACUCAACGCCAUCAGCCACGGUAUCGUAUGUCAGGACCGGUAAUGUUUGCCCUGAUUUCGGACAGCCACUGGACGGCACUGGCACUGGCACCGGUGGCACCGGUGGCACCGAUGUCCGCGAGCUAACGGAUGAUUAUUUUAAAACAAAUUUAACGGAUGAUAAAUUUUUGAGCAAGAACGUAAAUACUGGAUGUAAUUUUAGCGUCAAACCAAAUGAGUACCGUCAGUGGCAGUACACCGACAGGCCCGCUGGUGUUGAUAAACACGCUUCCAGCAGCGGACUUCGGCUUGGACAAAAUUCCAAUCCAGUGCACAAAUCGUUCGGUGAGCGACAUUCGCCUGCACCACCGAUUGAACCCGGGGACGGCACACGCUAUGCUAGCUUCACCGAUGGUGAGUAUAUUUUCGGUCCGUACGAACAACGCUCGGAGGAAUUCCAACGAUUUGACCUGUGGAGCAACGAAUUUCGACACCACCGUCCAAACUGCCCCCAGCAUCGGAAGCAAUCUCCUGUCGGAUCCGAUUGCAGCAGUGGGAACACUCUGGUUCUGGCCGAUGCAACUGAUUGUUGUGAGUGCCCGGUCAGCAGCAACAGCAGCACUGAAACCCUGAAAGAGGAGAAGGAGGAGGAAGAUCAGAAAAGUGAAAAUCGAAAAAUACCGAGAUUGGACGGGGAAACCACCGGACAGCAGCUGGAAAAUUAUGGCGACACACAGAACAACGUUCCAGCCGGAUGCGAUGCUUCGGAACCCACAGCAUCCUACCGCCGAUGGGUCCGCUUCGAGAACGGAAAUAUCUCUCCACCGUUGCUGCAGCCGGGAGACUAUGGCGGUGGCAGGUCAUCGACUCAACGGGUUCCGACGCCCUAUCCCAGUCCACCCAACGAACGGGAAAACCACGAGAUAUUCGAUCAAUUCGCUACAGCGAGGGCAGAACGGGGCCAGCAACCAAAUGUAGUGGAAAAUGUUCCCCUGAUUGAUGCUGUCCUGGACGAUUUGCUAACGUUCUCGAAGACACUUGUGCCACGCGGUUCGCCUUUUGUGUCCACUGAACGCGAAGAAGCAAAAAUCGUCGAAAUAAAUGACGAUAAUCUAAUUAAUUUAUUGGCUGAUGAUGACCACGCUGGAAGCGCUGUGUUUGAUCCCGUCGAUUCGGCGAUGAAAAGUUCCCGUCUAAAUCCGGACGUUAACGAAACGGCAUCCGACCACGGUGUAGGCAGCUUUCGAGGACAAUCAUAUGACAGGAAUGCCAAUGAGCCACAAGAGCAACUGGCGCAAAAUCGUUCGGACGACAGUGGCCGGGACGAUUGUUUGAAUACGAGCCGGAAUCGAGAGGACAUAUUCAACACCGUAGCCAUUUUCAACUGGAAUCCGAUGGAUGUCUAUCACCAGCACGGUCUGUUUAUGAUUGAUCCUCGUUUUGCACUUGCCGACCAACGGGCCACCACCAUCGGGCCAUCGCCGGAGCCCAUCCGUGACCGAAGUAAUGACCAGUGGCAACUUGGAAAGACAACUGACAGUGACCAGAACCGGUGGAAUGCGACACAUUUGAAUUCAUCAAAGCAUGAGCAGCCUUCCAACGAUGAGCAUCCGACGCGCGAAGAUGACGAUGAUGCUGAUGCUGACUCCGUUACUAUUGGCAUACUGGAAAUAACUGAUGGUGCAGAUCCGUCAUCGGUGGACGUGAAUUCAUUUGCAACUCAACGAGACGAAGGCGAAAUGGCCACCACCACCUCCGGCUUGCUGGAAAGUCAUAAAAUCCCAAACGACAGCCGGACCAGCCCGGCCGUGGACCAUUUUUACGACUCAGCUCACGUCGAAUAUCCGGUUAGACUAGACUGGGACCCGUCCCGGUCCGUCCCCGUCGCUAGCGUCCCCGUCGAACAAUUGCCACCGCUGGUGGAAUCUGAUUAUGAUAAUGAUGCCGGCCAACGGAGUGCCAUCAUCAGCAGCAGCAACAGCAGCACUUCUUCACUGUUGCAGUUCACCGACGGAACCGCAGGUUUGAAGCGUGUGGCCUGGCCGCCACCAGCCGACAGCGGUGACGAUUACGAGCAACAUCCGUCGCAGGGCAAGUAUUCCCCACACGCCCAACAGCAGCACUAUCAGCAGUACUCACCAGCACCUCAUCAGUCGCCUCAGCCUGCUGCGAUUUACCAACAUCAGCAGCAGCAGCAGCACCCACAAAGCCAACCGCACCUACAACCCCAACAACCGCAACGACAACAGCAUCAACAACAACAACAACAACCGCGGGAACGUAUCAUCCCCAUUCAAAAGGCCACAUCCCACACCUCGCCGGCCCAAACCCCGAAGUCACCGGUCCAUCAGCUCAAGUAUCCACCGAGCUACCCGCCAUCAUCACCCCAUACUCUGUCAGCACCACAGCAGGCCGGGCCUCAGCGCCGUGCCGUGUCCCCAUUGGGUGGUUCGUCGACUGUAGCCUUCAGCGGAGGUCGUGCGGUUCUGCCUUCGAAGCAGCAAACUACUCCGCAACAACUGCAACCAGCUCGUCCGGUUAGUGCUCCGUAUUAUCAACAACACCCGCAGCAACAUCAUCAACAACAACAAUAUUAUCAACAACAACAACAACCCCAGCAUAAUCGUUAUUCGUCGCCUUCAACCGCUUCGUUGCCCUCACCUCGUUCACCCCAGAUCAUUGGUGGUGGUCACAGUCCACGCGGUUGGGCUCACGUAAAUUCACCGGUCCCAGUGUACAAUCCGGUGUCCCAGCAGCAACGACAGCAACAACAACAACAACAACAACAACAACAACAGCAGUACGUCCCACCGCCCUUUCAACCGGAACCGGCUCCGUACCAUCAGCAGUCGCACACCGCUGGGUACGGGUACGGGUACGGCCCGAGAAAGUCUGACCCGUCAACUCAACAGCAACAACAACAACAACAUCAACAGUAUCAACCGCAAGCAACGGAAGCUUUCCAACCACUAGCGACCGUACAACAGCAGCAGCAGCACCAUCCAGAAGGUAUCUUCCAGCAGCAGCAGCAGCAGUCGCACUAUCAACAGCCAGACCAGUUCCCGUUCGUCACAACACUUCGCAAGGAACCACCAAUGUCACAGGAACCGGCUCCAGUCUAUCAAACCCAACCAGUUGCUGCUAUUUACCAAGGCGGCACCAACAUGCGGGGCGAUCAAAAGUGGCCACCGGCAGAGUACAAGAAGCAAAGUGAACUGGAUAACGAGGAACGUUUGAAGCUGGCCCAUGGGCCCGCGUUUCGUCCGCGCAAGGUGCAAAAAGAUUAUAGCGAUUUUUUCGCUAAGAACGCCCUGAACCAAACCUAUCCGGGCUACCGGGCACCGCCGGGCACUCAACACCACGACUAGACAGACGCCACGCAAACGUCCAGCAUAGAAAAAAAACACUACACAGCGAAACAAACAAAUAAACAAUUCGUCGGAGAUCCAGUUUACUUUUUUUUGCGAUCUUUUACUAUGUCAUAAGCGAAAGAGAUUCUAGAAUAUUCACACGCACACAAAGAAAAACACAAACAGAAAAGUUUAGAUUUAAAAACAAAAAAAAACAUCAAGUGGUUUGAUACAGUUCAACGAAGAAACAACAAACACAAUGACUGUGCUAAAACAGUAAAACAAACAUAACUACAAUAUUAUGGUUUAAGCAUAAAGGAUUGUAACUAAUUUUAUCGUUCACUGAUGCUAUGAAUAAGUUAUUGGAUCAAUUGUAUACCCUUGUAAACUGAUGCUAAUUUUGUAAAACUGUUUAUUCUACCGUCUCGAUUUCAGAGCAUACAACACCUAUUUAACGCUUAAUUACCUUUAAUCUACUAAUAGUUCAAUAACCGGACAAGGUUUACACGUAAUCGUAUUACGCUAAAUUGUUUUAACAAACAGGAAAACGAGCAAAGUGGCAAAGCAAUAGUAGCACGCGAAAAAUUGUUUUUUCAACGAACGAACAUUAAAAAAAACACAAAUGUUAAAAGCAAUUAUUAAUCAAAUGUUCAAUUGGUAAUGAGUUUUUAGUGAUUAAUAAUGAAACCAGACCACCGGCGUUGGUAACACGUGGAAGUAGGCGGGGAGAAUCGUAACAGGCCGGUAGUCACCCGUUCUCGCCUGCAGGACCAAACAACGACAAACAGCAAAAACAAAAAGUCAUCAAGAGAAGUUUGCAUACCGGUCUGAACAUUCGGCGCAGUGAGUGAAACGCAAGAAUGACGCAAGUUGAACAAAAAAGAAUCAAAAACAUCCCCCCGAACCAAUGAGAUUUAUAUUUCAUUUAUUCAUAGUCGGCUAUUGUUGGGUUGGUUGGAGCGAGCUUUUUUUUUUUGUUUUGUUCCUGGAAAACCGGAAGCCCCAUACUUCUGCGAACGAGAAAAAUCCGGGUUGAAUUUCACACCCGACGCAAUGCUGCCAAUUCGCAGCUGGUUGUUAACUGACAGGCGAAACAAAUCAGGAGGACACCUAGCCAGGAAGCGACAGAAUGGCAGCCGAAAAAGGACAGGAAAAAAAUAUAAUUAUUUUAAACAUUCAUUUAUUUACCAGUCAGUCAAAAAAGAAAGGGGAAAAACCAUUGACCAUUGAGCGUUUGCGGAAGAAUGAAUUAUUCAUGAAAUUUUCUGAUUCUUAAUAAUUUACGUUGUUACGAGCUAUUUAAUUGGAAAAAAACGGAUCGGAUAAUGUCAUCAUCAUCAUCAUUUUCAAGAAACAGCACAAGCACAAUUGAGGGUGUCCGAGGCUAAUUACAACCGUAAAUAACACGUCCAACACAAACAAAUUCGGCUAUGACACCGGCUGAUAACACCCUGUGAAAGAGUUAAGUCCCGUUAAUUAUAAACAUGAGGUAGUACAGAAAAACAUCAAUCCGUUUUUUUCUGUUAUCGACUCAGAGGGGGCAGUCAAUGAGGGGGGACUUUAAAAAUCAACAAACCAUUAAUUGAAAAUAACAUAUCUAUCCUGUUCAUCGGGCAUCCGACAGGAAAAAAAAGUGUAGAACGACUCGACAUCCAGCACGCAAUAAAUAACUCCACGCGGCACUCGACGACUGUCCACCUCGAUAGGGAUUGACCCAUCAAACAACAAACAAACAAAACAAAAAAAACACCCAGCCUGCUGGUGUCCCCAGGAUUAUGCUAUAUUUUCAAAUUUUGUUUGUGUUAUAAGCGCUUGACCCAACCAAAAAAAAAAGUGUGCUCUAAUACUCGAAAGCUGACUGCUGAUUGUCAGUACCAACGAAAAAAAAAAACAGCAACGAAGCCCCAAUCCCUUUCCGAAUAUUGAUGAAUUUGGCAAAUUGUUUUUCAGUCUACGAAUUCUGCAGAUCAGGAUGUGCCACAGAUAAGAGGAAUGCUGAAUAUUUUAAAUUGGUAAAUGCACAGUUGCAUCGGAGCGUAAAAAUGCAAAAAAAAAAAACGCUGACUUUCAACUGAUCAAUUCUAUUCUCUCCUCUACUUCUCUCGGUCGUUAUUCACCUGAACACAUGUCAUAGGAUCUGUUCUUUUUUUCAUUACCUUUCAUUAUGCCAAUGUACGAAUAAUUGAGCUGCGAAAAAAGAGAAGUAAAAACUGAUAAUAAAAAAAAAAUGUUGUCGCUACUGAAUUUGCGCUGAACGCAUAUGUAUUACUAUUUACCAUUACUAUUUAUCAUUAUUCAUAUUAUUAUUGUUAUUACAAUUGUUGUGAAAAAUUUAACUUUUUGUCGACAAACUCUCGGCACAGGAAAAUGUGCAAAUCGGAACACCAUCAGCCAAAGCCAAAAAAACUGAGAUGGAAAAUUAACCUAACAAAUUAAGUUUGUGCGCUCGCGUUAUGAAAAGCUAGGAAGAUAAAAACAAACAACAACAA